UUAAGGUGCUAGGUUCUGCUUGCUACUUGAAUACUUUCAUGGAGACGGUGGCGCAUCGUCAAUGUCGGGGAUCGCAUUGAUACCUGAGGCACCAAACAAUCCCGUGAUUGAUGACUAACAAUAUGGUCGACUGUUUGGAGUCAAUGCUGGGGAAAUACUGCGUAGUAUGCAUGACUAUGAAGCACACAUUGACCGGAGGUUUAGAUGUGGAACGCAGAAAGCAUGUGGUUGAAAAACUAGGCAAUCAUAAGCCCUGUCCAAUUGAUGUCGAUUCGAGAUCAAUGGUAUGGAUGGAUAUGGGAUCCAUAAUUUUGAUGAUGGGAAUGUUGACAGCCGGAUAUCACGUGAUAUUAACAUGGGCCCCAGUGAUGGAUACAUGCGGACUUGGUUGAAUGACCGUCGGUAUGACGGUGGUGAUAUUGCUGAUGGCUGUCUUAUCUCCUAUCCUCUUACGCGCCUAGAUUGCUUUGAUUUUCCCAUUUUGUAAUAUUGUAGCAUAUGCUUGUAAAGAAUCGUGGUAACAACAACCACAUCCAGCCGGUAGUUUCACGUCCGGGAUGCAGAUAGAUAAAAGAUAGGCGCCCUUAGCAGUUAGCAGAGAGCGAUCUCCGCACACCCAAGGCCAAUAACCGGAGAACAAGAAGG